AUGGCCAACACACUCAGAAAUAUCAUCGUUGUUGGAGGAUCCUUUGUGGGAAAGGCUACUGCUUCAGAACUGGCGAAUGUCGUUCCAAAUACGCAUAGGGUUCUCUUGGUUGAACCGCAUAGCCACUUCCACCAUUUGUUCACUUUCCCACGAUUUGCUAUUGUCCCCGGCCAUGAACAUAAAGCAUUUAUCCCAUACACUGGGCUCCUUUCUUCCAACUUGAAGGGCUCUCCCUCGCGCCAUUCCGUCAUCCAAGCACGUGCUCUAUCAGUCCAACCGCACCAUCUCCAGCUAGACCGGGAAUGGCAGGGGUCGAACCAAAUCCAAUUUGAGUACCUUGUCGUCGCAACAGGCACGCGCCUUGCGCAGCCUGCGGGGAUGAAGCAUGACGAUAAACUUUCUUCCGUGUCGUAUCUGCAGAAACACCAAGCAGAUGUCAAGCGCUCCAAGUCCAUCGUCAUCGUUGGCGGCGGAGCUGUUGGUGUGCAAAUGGCGACGGACUUGAAAGAAUAUUAUCCGGACAAGGAAAUCACGGUCGUGCAGUCCCGGCCAAAGCUCAUGCCCCAGUUCCACGAAAAGCUCCACGAGAUUGUCAAGGCUCGUUUCGAUGAGCUUGGUAUCAAGCUCGUAACCGGUUCCCGCAUCGCAGUUCCCCCAGCUGGCUUCCCGAAUACCGGCACACCGUUCAAGGUCCAAUUAACAAACGGAGCCGAGCUAACAACCGACUUUGUCAUCAUGGCCACCGGCCAAACACCGAACAACCAGCUCGUCAAAGACCUACCACUCUCAGCAGCGUCAUCCAUCACGAACCCCGACAACGGAUUUAUUCGUAUCCGGCCAACGAUGCAAUUCCAAGACCCGAAUUACUCGCAUCUGUUCGCUGUUGGUGACAUUGCUGACACUGGGGUGCGCAAGGCUGCGAGGCCGGGUGCUGCACAGGCGGGUGUUGUGGCGAGGAAUAUCCAAGCGCUGAUCGAGGGGAGGACGCCUGAGGAGAACUUUGAGAGAGCUCCUGGGGCCAUUCAUAUUACAUUGGGAUUGAAACAUAACAUUGUUUUCCGGAAUCCGAAUGUAGCGGAGGGCCAGACUGAACCGACAAUUAUUCAGAAGCCUGAGGGACAAGAAGAUAUGAACGUGGAGGGAAUGUGGCAACGAUUGGGCGUUGCAAUUGAGAGCCAACACCAGUAUCAUCUGUAA